AAAUGGAGAUUAUCAGAAAAAUCCCUCUCAGUCGUCUGAGCACUUUCAAGGCUACACGGAGGGCAACGACAAAGUCACAGAACGUAACCCUGAAACCUCAAAGAAGCAAGAGGAUAAACCCCCAAAAUCCAGAGAGGUCAUCGACAAAGCAGCAGAAAGUAACUCUGACAUCUCAGAGAAGCAAGAGGACAAACCCAAAACAAUCAGGAAGGUCAUCAAAAAAGUAGUAGUGCGCAAGAAAGGGGACAAUUCCCAAAAUAUCAAGAAGGUCAUCGACGAAACAAAAAAGAGUAACCCUGAAAACUCAAAGCAGCAAGAGGACAAUCCCCUGAAGAUCAGAGAGGUCAUCGACAAAGCAGCAGAAAGUAACUCUGACAUCUCAGAGAAGCAAGAGGACAAACCCAAAACAAUCAGGGAGGUUAUCGACAAAGUAGUGGAACGUAAGCAAGAGGACAAUUCCCAGAAUAUCAAAGAGGUCAUCGACAAAGCAGCAGAAAGUAACUCUGACAUCUCAGAGAAGCAAGAGGACAAACCCAAAACAAUCAGGAAGGUCAGAAAAAAAGUAGUAGUGCGCAAGAAAGAGGACAAUUCCCAAAAUAUCAAGGAGGUCAUUGACAAAGCAAAAAAGAGAAACCCUGACAUCUCAAAGCAGCAAGAGCACAAUCCCCUGAACAUCAGGGAGCUCAUCAAUAAAGCAGUACAACGUUAUUCUCAAACCUGGAAGAAGCAGGAGGACUAUCACCAAAAGUUCAGAUCUAACCUGAGCAGUGAGUGUCAUGGAUUGGACAACGCCAUAAUUACCCAGACCAACACUCCAGUGGGAUCAGAGAUAGUUUUCAAUGGGGUAAAGAAGUCUCUGCAGGUGACUCCAGAAAUCAUCGACAUCUUUGCAAAGGAGAGUCCUUUCUCAAAAAAAACAUGGGACACUUGUGCCGUUGUUGGAAAUGGUGGGAUCCUGACCAACAGCAGCUGUGGAAAUGCGAUCGACUCAGCUCAGUUUGUCAUCAGGUGCAACCUCCCUCCUUUGGGAAACGGAUACGAGAAACAUGUUGGUGUCAAGACUGAUUUUGUGACAGCAAACCCGAGUAUCUUCGCAGAAAAUUACGGGGCUCUGAUGGAAAGCCGCCGUCCAUUUGCGGAGAGUCUGCACAGCUAUGGAAACUCCCUGCUGCUGCUUCCUGCAUUCUCCUAUAGUACCAACACUCCUGUGUCUCUGCGGGCUUUCUACACCAUCAAGGACUUUGAGAACACUAUCAAACCCGUCUUCUUAAACCCCGAGUACGUGGAGAGUCUGAACUUGUUCUGGCACUCUUGGGGACUCACUGAAGUGCGGCUCAGCACUGGCUUCACCAUGGUCAGCCUGGCGCUGGAGCUCUGCACCAACGUUGAUCUGUAUGGAUUCUGGCCCUUCAAUACCCACCCAUACGGCUUCCACAACCUUAACAAUCACUACUACGAUGACAGACAACCUAAAAAAAAGGUCCACGCUAUGCCGACUGAGUUUGAGCUCCUGCUGCAGCUGCACAGUCAGGGCAUUCUCAGGCUUCACCUGGGAGACUGCCAACCAGGUGGAACAGAGGUCAUCGACAAAGCAGCAGAAAGUAACUCUGACAUCUCAGAGAAGCAAGAGGACAAACUGAAAAUAAUCAGGAAGGUCAACAAAAAAGUAGUAGUGCGCAAGAAAGGGGACAAUUCCCAAAAUAUCAAGGAGGACAACAACAAAGCAGUCAAGAGUAAGCCAAAGGACAAUUCCCAAAAAAUCAGGGAGCUCAUCAACAAAACAGUAGAACGUUACUCUCAAACCUGGAAGAAGCAGGAGGACCAUCACCGACAAUUCAGAUCUAAGCUGAGCAGCGAGUGUCAUGGAUUGGACAAGGCCAUAAUUACCCAGACCAACACUCCAGUGGGAUCACAGAUUGUUUACAAUGGGUUGAACAAGACUCUGCAGGUGACUCCAGAGCUCUUCAGCAUCUUUGCAAAG